AUGAUCCGUGCAAAGGUGUUACCCGAGGUUCUAGGACAGAUUGUAGGUGAUGGGAUCACUGCUUGUAUGUUAAUGACGUUAGAAGGGGCACUAGUGGGAUCUGUAGGUGAUGGAGAUAUAGUGGAUCAUAAGGUCGUGGGCGCUAUUGCUUCUCACACGUGGGGAGAGUAUUUACACGCUGGAAAAGAGGCGAAUCCUACUGGAGAUCUUUGCUCGAUGCUCGUGGAACUCGAACAUGGUCGCUUGGCAAUGACUCUAGCGGGUAAACAUUUCUUGCUAUGUGCAUAUUCAAGCACAAACGCGCCUGCGGGAUUGCUUAAAGCAAAGGUUGAGACUCUUGGGACGUACUUGUCGGCAUCGCUGGAUCAGAUUGAAGUGUAA